AUGGAGGUGGCACCUACACCUCCGCUUGACCUGGCCUAUUUAAAAGAGUGCGAGAAUGCUAUCAGCCAGGAGAUCAACCAGGAGUUUGCCGCCUCCUACACCUUCCUAGGUAUGGCGUCGCAUUUCAACAGCGUGGACGUGGGGCUAACCAACUUCGCCGCCUAUUUUUUGCGGAUGUCCAUCUGCGCGCUCGAGUACAUGCAGAACCUGAUGAAGGUGCAGAUCGAGCGCGGGGGCCAAAUCCAGCUGGACACCUUGACGCCGGUGGAGCAAGACUGGAGCAACGCGGUACAUGCCCUGGAGUAUGCCAGUUUACUUAAAGAAGACAGCUUAGUGGACCUCAUGUGCCUGUACAUUUCAGCCAGAGAGCAGGGCGACACAAUGCUGUAUGACUUCCUAGAAAACUACCUUCUACACCACCUCAUCAAGGAUAUCACUGUGCUCCGCGAUCACCUGGUCAAACUACACAGUUUGCAUGGCGAGCCAGUUUGCCUGGCUGAGUAUGACCUCGAAGACUUGGGUGACAACGACUAG